UGUAUAUGAUGCCUCAUUACCGGAAGGGCAGCAGUUUGUCAUGGAUAAUGUUAGCAUUGUGUGGGCAGGAGCUCACAUGAAGGUUCCAACCUCAGUGUGUAGUGAGAGCUGCCCACCAGGAACUCGCAAAGCUGUCCAGAAAGGCAGACCUGUCUGUUGCUUUGACUGCAUACCUUGUGCUGAUGGAGAAAUCAGCACUAUAACAGAUUCUACUCUUUGUAUACUGUGCCCAGUGGAAUAUAAGCCUAGCAAAGGAAAAAAUGUCUGUAUCUUAAAAGAAGUGGAAUUUCUAUCAUUUGGGGAAAUUCUAGGAAUAUUUCUGGUGCUAUUUUCAUUAGCAGGAGCCACUCUGGCAAUGACCAUUGCAGUUGUGUUCUUUUUUUACCGCCACACACCAAUAGUUAAAGCUAAUAACUCAGAAUUAAGUUUUCUGCUUCUGUUUUCCUUGGUAUUAUGUUUCCUAAGUUCUCUUAUUUUUAUAGGACAGCCCUCUGAAUGGUCUUGUAGGCUGCGUCACACUGCAUUUGGAAUUGCAUUUGUCUUGUGUGUCUCUUGUGUGUUAGCAAAAACCAUUGUGGUGUUAAUGGCAUUUAGAGCCACCUUACCUGGUAAUAAUAUUAUGAAAUGGUUUGGCCCGACACAACAAAGACUAAGUGUCUUAAGUAUGACUUUUGUACAGAUUGUGAUCUGUACACUCUGGCUAGUAAAAUCACCACCUUUCCCAAAUAAAGAUUUUUUAACUUUCAAAGACAAAAUAAUUUUUGAAUGCAAUGUUGGAUCAGAGGCUACUUUCUACUCUGUUUUGGGUUAUAUUGGGUUUCUUUCUGUGUUGUGCUUUGUGCUUUCUUUUUUGGCCCGUAAGCUACCUGAUAAUUUUAAUGAGGCCAAAUUUAUUACUUUCAGCAUGCUAAUAUUCUGCGCUGUCUGGAUUACAUUUAUACCUGCCUAUAUCAGCUCACCUGGAAAAUAUGAAGUGGCAGUAGAAAUAUUUGCUAUUUUAGCUUCUAGCUUUGGUUUGUUAUUCUGCAUUUUUACACCUAAAUGUUUUAAUAUAUUAUUGAGACCAGAAAGAAAUUCUAAAAGAUAUUUGAUGGAUAAACGGAUCUAAAUGUUGCAUUUGUCAAUUUACUGUACUAGUUUGUAUAUUACUGGCAUACAAGGUACCAAACCAGAAAGCAUGCAAAAAUAAAAGUAAGGGAAAAGGAUACUGUAUCUGUUUUCACAUCAUACUGUAUGCUUGCAUGGCAGUAUAGUGAUAUACUAAGAACAAUGGACAUUAACUAUAAAUAAAUAUAAAAAUAUACA